CCCCUUUUCUAAAAUCAAACCAACCUGUUGAGUGCGACAGCGCUGUGAGCAGGGUGUUGCUGUACUGUGUGGAGAAAAGUCGCUAGUUUUGGGUCAGAUAUCCACCUUCUUCGGAGACAUUUCCUCGUUUCUGUCGUUGCUAAAUACACCGUGUUAUAGGUAAACAACCUCGAGCGUGAAGAUGUCAAAGAUCAGUGCUUUGGUGUUGAUGACACUUGUGUCCCUGGUGUUUGCGGAAGAACAGAACUUGGAAGAGGAUCCAUUUACCUUUGACUACCACAGGCUGCGUGUCGGAGGCCUGAUUCUAGCUGCUGUCCUCUGUCUCAUUGGCAUCACCAUCCUGUUCAGUGGCCACUGCAGGUGCAAGUUCAACCAGAACAAGAGAAGGAGGACAGGAAGCAAUGCUCAGCAGAUGCUCUCCGACCAAGGUCGUUCCGGCGAAUGCUAGAUGUCAACCACAACACACACUGACUUCCUGAACCUGCAACCAACAGAUAAGAUGGAAGAGCAGCAGUGGGAUUUGAUACAUCCAAGGAGAGGCUUUUUUUUUAUUAUUGUUUAAGAGCAACAGAAAGUAGUCUGUGUGAACCGGCUGUGAGGUGAGAUGCUUUCUGCCAGUUAACUAUAAGCUACCGAUCAGCAGCCUGCACCUUCACACAUACACACACACACACACACACACACACACACACUUGUAUACACAAGUUGUCACUUUCAUCUCAAUCAACUGAAACAUUUUUGGUAUUUAGAAUUUGAAGAGGCUUUGCCAUGAAGA